GAUGUUAAAGAGAUUCAUCAUCAUCAAAGAGUAAAGGUGUUGCAUAAUGGCAAGCCCAGCCGUUCUCCGAAUCAUCUUUGGGGACGAGUCCGACUCCAGAAAAAUGUCUCUGGCCUCCGGAAUUCCAGCAACAGUAUCGGAGCUGCAUACGUUUGUGAAGACAUUGUUUAAUAUAACAGAGGACUUCCGUUUGCAGUACAUGGAUCCAGACUUUAAUGCAUUCAUGAACUUGACUUCAGUGUCUGAAGUUAAAGACAAAGGCACACUAAAAGUGAUACAUAGCUCUAACUCUGCACCUGAAGAACAGUUUGUCACCUUGUACCCAGUCGACACAACCAGUUCUUUCCAAGUUGACAGCGUCCCAAUACAUCAGAGUCCUGGAUCUUCAAUUGCCUCAUCCUCCAGCAAUGAUACACUAUGCACAUCAACCCCCCACUCAUCACCAGAGAUUCAACAGUCAAAACUGUCCUCUUGGCCUAAUGUGUUUGUGGUUCCUAAGUUUACUUAUGAGGUUGAGUUAAUGCUCCAGCAAAAGAAUCAAGAGUUUGAGACAAAUGGGACGCACUUCAACCCAGGGCCAAAAUUGAAAGGCGUCAUCCUCGAUGGGUUAGCCCAAGAAAUGUUGAAAUACACUAAAUACCCAAAAGAUUACCAGUGUGAGGAAGUUGCAGCAGCUUUGACAAGGACCCAUCCUUGCUUGGGGCAGCUGGGAUCCAAGACAGGAUUUUGGGGAUGGAAACAGUCUCUGAAGUAUAAAAUGCAAAACUAUCGGACAAAACUUGGAAGACUGGGAGAUCCAGAAAUCCGUGUCAACUCUUUGAAGCACAAACUCAAAGGCCAAGGAAAAGCUGCAGCCAACAUAAAAAAACCAAGAAAGGCUGAGGUCAAUUACAUUCCUUUGCACCCAAAAGGUGAAAACACAGAAAGCUUGGAGAAAGAAAGAAUUGCUUUACUGUCAGAAAUUAAAAAGCGGGACAAUGAAGUCGUGAUCAAAGCAAAAAUGGAAAAAACAUUCUCCCACAGACGACUUGAAAUUGUGGAGCAGAGGCCCAUGAUCGAGGAGUUCAAGAGCAGGUGGCCUGCUCUGUUCCAAGAAAAUGAAGUGAAUGCAGAGUUCAUGCGGAUCACUACCAAGCCACUCCAAGCAAAAUUUCUGUCUCAGCUGGAUAACUUUUCAGACAAGCUGACACAGAUUUUCACGUCCAAAGGAGGAUUGAAAGGGCAAAGGAUAAAGAAUACAAUGGCAAUCAAUGAUUUGUGCGACGACAUUGACAUAAGGAGGGAGAGAAUUCUCAAAAGCUUGAUGAUCUACUUAAACGAAGAUCCAGACUCUUUCUUCAAGGAAUAUUUGAUCUCUUCCACUGAGGAUGACAUUUCAAGGAGCAUUGCAGCCACAGUCAUGGGUAUUUACACUAUCAGAAGAGACGGGAUUCAGGAGCCAGAGGAUGUUGGUGUUGUUAUCGAAGGUGUUAAGGUCCUGACCAACCUCAGUAGUGUCAUCAAGGCAUUCAUCUUACUGUUUGGAUUGAUUUAUGCCCUUGAUCUGAGUUUUCCAGAUGACCUCAAGUACACCUUUGAGUUUUGUCAGAAGCUCAUAAUGAACUUGGAUGGACACAAACUGAAUGUAAAAAUACAGCAGCUGAAGAUCAAGCUGUUUGCUUAGGCCUUUGUGCUUGAGGAAAUGGAUAUCGGACUGAAAAACAUUUUAAUCCCCCUACCCAAAUCCCACACAAAAAGAACUCUUUGGGGUUAAUGGUGUUCAUGUUCCAAUUUAAACUUGCUGCCUGAGUGAUCUCACUAUUUGAAGACAGUUCGUGGAUGCCUUCUCUUCUCAUUUUAAAAGCACUUAACUAA